AAAUCCGUACCUUGGCUAGUUUGUACUUUCGAAACCAGUCUGAGCUUUACAUUAGUAGCCCAAUUUGGCUGGAAACACGCCAACCCUGAUAAGGAGUAAGCAGAAUAUUGCGUAAAUGGAAAGGAAAACUGUUCAGGCUUGGUAUGAAAUCUAUGACGACUCGGACGGGGUUUUGUUCCCUUUUACGCACGUCUCCUUGAUGCGCUCACGCAGGUGUCUUUGUUUGGGCCAGUUCAGCCACCGUAUGCGGAAGCUUGCACGCAUGCGUUUUGCAGCUUCUUCCCUCUCGGCUGUCAUGGUGACCUGCAUGAGGCUGCGUUCGGUGGUCAGGGUCACCAGCCGGGCUCUGAGUAAUGCGGUUGAGGGGCAGCGGCAAGUGGCGGCAGCUACGGAUGAAGAUCCAGGGGCAAGAAGGACAUUUGCAGAAGUGCAGAAGGAAAGACAGGAACAGGCAAAACACACGGUUUUAAUCAACUGCCCUCCCAAUGUAAACGAAAAGAAAUUUCUAAAAUAUUUAUCCCAACAUGGACAGAUAGCCAGCCACUUCUUCUAUGAAAGCUAUGGCACUCAUGCUGUGGUAGAAUUUCUGGACAAAGAAAGCAUAGAAUCACUCAGAAGUGGAACAAGUCUGCCAACUGUGGAAAAUGAAUGCUCAUUGCCUUUUAAGUCGAGGCUUUUCACCUUGAAGUCUGAGAGCGCAUCGGGCAAUGUCCCAGUUCUGUCCCACCGACAGUCUGCUCUUCCUAUAAAUGAGCUGAUCCAGAAACUCUGCAAGGCUCAGAAUAUAGAAGAACAAGCUUAUGCACUCCUGGAGAUGCACCAGUUAACUGACGAAAGCAUCAGACUUCGCUUCUUAGUCUCCUCUCUGGUCAAAGAUAUUGCUGCUGCCUAUUUCCCAGAAGCAACAGUAAACCCAUAUGGCUCUACUGUAAAUUCGUUUGGGAAACUCGGUUGUGACUUGGACUUGUUUUUGGACCUCGACGAUAUACAGAAGAGGAGCGCUGUAAAGACUACUGGACCGUUUACCACUGAGUAUUUGACGAAGAGGGUUCCGUCGGCAAGAGUAGCCACACAGAGGAUACUGUCUGUCAUUGGAGAAUGUAUAGACAAUUUUGGCCCAGGGUGUACAGGAGUGCAAAAAAUACUGAACGCUCGCUGUCCAUUAGUAAGGUUUUCCCAUCAGCCAGCAGGCCUACAAUGUGACCUUACAUCAGACAACAGGAUUGCACUUAGAAGUUCCGAGCUGCUGUAUAUCUACGGAAGCUGUGACCAUAGACUGCGAGCGUUGGUCUUUACGUUGCGCUGCUGGGCACGUGUGCAUGGAAUUACAAGCGCAAUCCCCGGAGCAUGGAUAACCAACUUCUCCCUUACCAUGAUGAUCCUGUUCUUUCUGCAGAAGAGAAGCCCUUCUGUCAUCCCAACAUUGGAUCAGCUGAAAGGCCUGGCAGGCAAAGAAGACAAACACAUCAUUGAUGGGCACGAUUGUUCCUUUGUUAGCAAUCUGAACACAAUUAAACCGACUCAAAACUCCGAGGCUCUAAAUGUGCUGCUGGGGGAUUUCUUUGAAUUUUACGGGAACUUCGACUUUAGCAAAAACUGCAUCGACAUCCGAAAGGGCAAGGAGCAGAACAAGCCAGAAGUAUCCCCGUUAUACAUCCAGAAUCCGUUUGAACAGACCCUUAAUGUUAGUAAAAAUGUUAACCAAUCCCAGCUGGACAGGUUUGUGGCUUUAGCUCGGGAAAGUGCCUGGAUCAUGCAAGAACAAAGCAGCCAUCCUGUUCAGAAAGAAAACGCAGCCUGGGGCCUUGGUACCUUGCUCCUUCCAUCCGUGUUUCAAGGGAUAGGUAAGAUAAAGAAGAAGAGGAAAAGAGGACCUGCCAGCGAUAGAAUCAAAAGUCUCUUGGACUCUUUGAAGACUAAUGGUAAAGCCAGGUAGCCCACUGCCAGAGAUUGUAUGAUUGCCAACGAUAUGCCAGGCUGAACUUCACAUAUGAGGAACAUCUGGACUGUUCUGUAAUCCUAAUGGAUCAUGUUUUUCCUGAAAAUGAUGGCCGUGCUCAUAUGAGCUGUCCAGUCCGAGCACAUCACUAAUUCAUUAUAUUCUCUUUAUAUGACAUUUUUAUAUUUGGAUUCACACUAAUCCAAUAAAGUUAUUGGGGGUGGAUAAUAAACUUGUCAUUAUUUA